GCUCAUCAUGAAGAUGGAGAUGUCGUUUAUUUCCUCAUCCAUUAACAAGCUGAUUUUUUUAUCUAUCAUACAUGUGUAGUUGCUUUGUGCUUGUUCUGGAUCUUGAACGAAUCGCUGUGCAACAGGUUCUUGUGGACACGGAAGGUUGAAUCAUUGUCCUUACUUUUAGGUUUUAUUGUUCGACGAUUCUCUCAUUCUGAGUCAGUCUGAGAAGAUCCAGGCCUAGGAAUUGACACUGGAAUAGUUGUAACAACACUGCAUUAAGCCUGUGGGAGUGUCGAUAAUUGUUCCAAAAGUUGUAUCGAGAAAAACCUCUACCUCAUCAAAGAAACUUCUUUGAUCAUCAUGGCAUCUCCAAAUUACAACUCCGACGCCGCUAAAAAUAAGAUGUUGGUGGAAGCGACAGCCAUCGACUGCUUCAUCAUGCAGGUGUACAACGCAGACCCGGUGCAGUAUGUAACCGAAAAGGUCUCAACAGCGGCAACUAGAUUCCACUUAUGAGCCUACAACUACUACUACUACUACUACUACUACUACUAGUACUACUAACGACGUGUUCAGUUUUUCUUUCUUUUUUGGACUAAUAUUCAUUGAUUGCUACUACAACUGCCUACUUAUAUAUUUCUCGUCAUUCUCUAUCAAUCUACCGGUGUCUCUAUCUCAUCAUUCUAGGCGGGUGUCAUUGGCGUCGCUAUUUUUCAAGAAGAUGUUUUCGUGCCUCAGCCUCACGCUUUCACUUCCUACAAAUUCAGAAUUACAACUUGUUUAGCUUGGUGCUUUCAUUUUUACGGAUGUGGGAGACCGGACUGCACAGGGCAUUUCACUACUCUUUCAUCCCGGCGAUCACAGUGGGGGGACUUUGGUACUCUGGGGAUCUUUCGUUGGGUAUGAUGCUCGCUAGUCUCAACCCUCUCCUGAUGUGAGUGAUCGCUCGAUCAUGAGAUGACCUGUCGUACGGAGUUCCGCAUCGGAUGAUCAUGGAUGUGCAGGACUGUCCGCCGGAACCAGAUAGGUGGAGAUUCUAUUUCUACCGUAUUUUUUCAAAUUUUUGAGUGAUGUUCAGUCGUAAUGAUCCUCAAGAAGAACGCGACACAUAAACGAUAUACAUCACAGGAUCGCAUGCAUAUGCUUGUGAUUAUCCAGUGGUCAUCUUCCAACAAGUUAUACACGAUAUUUCACCUCGUUUUUCUCACGUUGUUUAUUGGAGUUUGUUCCCUCUCUCCCAAAAAUGGACCCCGCGAGCUCGAUUUGAAGAUGAACGCCCCUCAACAUAUUUUCCUGUUCUUUGACUUUGAUGCAUCCGAAAACUGUUCACAAGAAAUUGAUUUAGUUUCUCUAUCGCCUGCGCCUUAUGCACGCUAUCGUGCCGUAGAGUCGGAGCUUUUUUACAUACAGACUUCUUGAGUGACAUUGGCCUUGAUGCGCUGUAUGGACAAGUAAAAGGAUAACGAGUGAUUAUUUAGAGUGAGACUUAUUUUACAU